CGUUCCUCCGCCAGCCUCGGAGGAGCCAUGUGGAGCAUCGGCCAGGAAGACUAAGGGCUGUCGGAGGAGAUCCGAGGGGAGAGAGCGGGGAAAGGCGUCCGAGAGGGAAAAGGAGCCAAGACCUCGCCGCACAGCUUCGGGAAACGAGCGUCCGGACCGUCCUCGGCUUCCUUUUGGGGCGGGAGGGGGGUGUCGGGGGUGUCGGGCGGAUCUCUCCCUUCGUGGUAGGCUGGGUUUGGUCGCAAGAGAAGAUCGAAGAGGUCGAGACAGUGAGCGAUCCAUCACCUCCGUCCCGCUUGUCUCUCCUCCCGCCCGCAAUUGCUCCAGAACAAAGGUGGCAGAGGUACACCCCUGCAAAGUCAGCUGCUUCUAUUAAUAAUUUCACUGGGAAUGGACAAUGGGAUGCUCUCUGGUUUUAUCAUGAUCAAAAACUGCUUCCUGCUCUGCUUUUCCAUGAAUUUAGUCAGUCAUUUUGGCUUCUCACAAAUGCCAACAGCUUCAGGGAAAUAUGAUACCAAUGACAAUAUCACCAUAUUCACCAGGAUUCUGGAUGGCCUGUUGGAUGGAUAUGAUAACAGACUUCGCCCAGGUUUGGGAGAGAGAAUAACUGAGGUGAAGACAGACAUUUAUGUUACGAGUUUUGGCCCUGUAUCGGACACCGAAAUGCAAUAUACCAUUGAUGUUUUUUUCCGACAAAGCUGGAAAGAUGAAAGGCUUCGUUUUAAAGGCCCAAUGGAACGUCUCCCUCUGAACAAUCUCCUUGCCAGCAAGAUCUGGACUCCAGAUACUUUCUUCCAUAAUGGUAAAAAGUCAAUCGCUCACAACAUGACCACUCCCAACAAGCUUCUGCGCCUUAAGGAUGACGGGACCCUCCUGUAUACGAUGAGAUUAACUAUCUCUGCUGAAUGUCCGAUGCAGCUGGAAGAUUUUCCUAUGGAUGCCCAUGCCUGUCCAUUAAAAUUUGGAAGCUAUGCUUAUCCCAAUUCCGAAGUGAUCUAUGUGUGGACUAACACACCAGCCACAUCUGUGGUGGUAGCAGAGGAUGGAUCUAGGCUUAACCAGUAUCACCUAAUGGGACAAAGUGUAGAUUCAGAAAACAUCAGUACCAGCACAGGUGAAUACACAAUAAUGAGAGCACACUUCCACCUGAAGAGAAAGAUUGGUUAUUUUGUCAUCCAAACUUACCUUCCAUGCAUUAUGACCGUGAUCUUAUCCCAGGUAUCAUUUUGGUUAAACAGAGAAUCUGUUCCUGCCAGAACAGUCUUUGGUGUCACUACAGUCCUUACCAUGACUACUUUAAGCAUCAGUGCCCGAAAUUCACUACCAAAGGUGGCCUAUGCUACUGCAAUGGACUGGUUCAUAGCUGUGUGCUAUGCAUUUGUAUUUUCUGCACUGAUUGAAUUUGCCACUGUCAACUAUUUUACAAAAAGAAGCUGGGCCUGGGAUGGCAAGAAGGCAUUGGAGGCUGCAAAAAAGAAGAAAAAAGAACGUGAACUAAUGGCCAGAAAAGCCAUAAACCAAUAUACCGUUGGAAGAAUGACCCCCACAUUAAACAUGCCAAAAGACUCUUCCCCUUCAGUUAUCUCCAACAUUUCUUCCGUUCCAGUAAAACCAGCUGAAAAAUCAAUCGAAAGCAAAAAGACGUAUAACAGCAUCAGUAAGAUUGAUAAGAUGUCUCGAAUAGUUUUCCCGGUCUUAUUUGGAACUUUUAACUUAGUCUAUUGGGCCACGUAUUUGAACAGGGAACCUGUUAUAAAAGGUGCUGCUUCUUCAAAAUAAACGGAAGGACUUCCAGGUCAAGUUUUAGCCAUACUUGCAAAAACACGCUACCAAGGAGAAUCUGAAGUUCCAAAUGACUUUCUACCUUUGGGCAGUUUUCUUCAGGAAGUUUUUGCAUGUUUAACAAUAUGUACAAAAUUAUUCUUGCCUUGAUUUGUUUCUACAUGUAACCUCAGAGAAGAUUCUGACAAUUACAUUAACAGCAGCAGACACAAAUCUUUCUAGGACAACAGAAGACAUGGGACAUGGCUUCUACGCUGCUGCAGAGUGUCUUGCAUUGAUAGUUUACAAAUGAAAUAAGAUAUAUUUUUAAACUGUUUGGGCCUAUUGCAAACCUGCAGGGUUUUUUAAUAUAUACUUUGAAUGUACAGUUGUGCACAUAGGUGAAGAAUUAUGGACUCUGCAGCUGCAGAAGCAUAUAUAUAUACACAAUUUCAGUGUUUGUCAGCACAGAAGCUUUCUGACUAGGAAUCCCAGCAUUGCAGACCCAGGAUUUGCACAUGCAAAGGGAUGCACAACACCUCUCACUAGCAGGUUUCAGGAGUAGUGGCAGAUUGCACAGAUAUACGCUUCCCCUGUGAUCAUUUGGAUGUGUAUAACAGCUGUCACAGAUCAGACGUCACAGCUACAAAUACCGUUUUGCCUCAUAUCACCUCAUUAUGCUGCACUUUUUCAGUGAAUCCAGUCAACAGUGAAAUCUCUGAAAACUCUGCUCGGGUUUUCACUUCCUAUCUAUAACAAGUAGGUGUGUAAGCCUUGCUACAUGUCUAGCUGUGAACAUUACUAAACUUUAUCAAUCCCUGUUAACAAAUUAAAGAUGGUCCUACUGAUCACUGGAGUGACAAUACUCAAACAUCCUCACUCUGAUAGUCAAACCUGGUGUCUGCUGUGAAUGGAAUGAAUAGUGAUAUACAUGUAUGAACACACACAUCCACCUCUCCACCAUCUUGCAUUCACUAUUUAUUUUUUAAGAGUGUUUAUUUGUCACUUUCAUGACUAUUCCAGCAACAGCACCAAAGCACACCAUUCACAGAGAUCUCUUAUGGCAAACAAUAGUACAUUUUCUAAAAGACAUUCUGACCAUCAGCCCCUCAGGACCUGUUCACCAUUUAUGCUUGGCAUUGUUAUAGACAUCAUGAUUAGCAGAUGGUAACUGGCAGGAGGGACAACAUCUUGAGUCCGUGGGGUUGCAGAUCAGGAAAGAUUGGUGCUAGCACAUAUGGCAGUGAAUUCAGCUAUGGUCACAGUGUAAAUGGGAGAAUGGUGGCCUGCAGACUGCUGUGGGAGAGGCAAGACUGUCUACAUAUGGCCCAGGCUGUACUCUACUUUACAUGAUCUUAUUGAAUGACAAGACAGAUUUUUGUUGAAAACACUUUUGAUUUCUUCAUGGGGUGGCCUUAAGCAAGGUUUAGAGGUCUAGAUGAAGUAACAAAUAUCUGGUUUCCAUAUCCUUGGAGGUACUACAUAUGCCCUAACAUUUAAAAUAUCUUCGUAGUGGACCACUAUGGACUGCUGGUGUUUUUGGAUUGCUUCUCCAACACUCCCUCACUGUGUCUAGGGAUAAUGUGAGUUGCUGGUUAAAAAUAUCUGAAGGGCUGCAGUUACCCUCCUCUGAUCUAUUUGUCAGAGUCAAGCAACACUGCAAGUCUAAUAAUCACCACCUAUCCACAAAGGCUCAGAUAGCUUCAGAGUUUAGAUCUUAGAAUCAGUGACAACCUUAAUGCAUUCUUGUGUUCAGUGUAAGAAAGAAAGACCAUGACCCCUGUACUUGAAGACAGGAAAAUGAUGCCUCAUCUGGAAUGUGGCACCCAAAGCAGGCUUCUCACAAUUUCCAUGGUAAGUCUUGGCCAGGCAGUAUACAUUUUGUGUUUUCUUCACUUCAUCUGCCUCUAAGCUUCUCCUCUGUUUCUUGUUGUUCCUGUAUACACUGCACAACUCUUCCACAGCAUCCCUCUCAAAGGCCAUCCCAACCUCUGUCAAGUAAUUUCACAUUCUUUAGUAAGGCCAGACAAUGGCCAUAACAGACUUUUCAAUUUAGUUAGGUAGCUGGUUAGCUGUUAUUGCAUUUCACUUUUGAUCGUAGUACUGUACUAUCAGAUUAUCACAAAGUAUUCCCUUCGUCAUUAAUUUUUGCUAUUUAUUAAUUCUUUCCUCUGCUUUCUAAAUAGUAAUAAACAUUCCACAAAACACACAACAUCCCACAAUCAACAUGUAAAAUCAAUAUAAAACUGCCUACCGGCUUGAUGGCAAGGAGAUGGUACUAUCAUCUUAGCACCAUUAUGGUACCAUCAUGCAUAAGAACAAUUUAUGUCUCAUUAAAAAAUAUGAACCCCAAACUUUUAUUCUCAAAGAGAGCUUUUCUGAAUUUGGUGCUCUCCAGAUGGAUUGAUCUACAGCUGCCAUCAUCCUCAGUCAGCAUGGGUCAUAUUGGAUAGGAUUGUUUAUUAAAAAAAAAAUUAUCUGGAGACCAUGUUGAGAAGACUGGCUGGAGGUUUCCAAGCCCUGGAGGAAAAAAAAUAGUAAGGUUUGUGCAUAUAAAAAUGGGCUAAAUUCUAUUUAGAACUGUACAUGAAAUAUUGAAUUCUGACACAAGCCUGCAAAAAUUAUAGGAUAGUAAUCGCAUUAUAUCCAUUUUCAGUCCCGAAAUUUGUUCUCCUGCUUGAAGAAAUCAAAGGCUUUGCUUGCCAUACCAACUGGUCUUGUUCAGAAUUAAUUGCCCUUUGCAUAUGGGAUUAAGCAAAGUCAUUGCUUCUUUUCCUACCCUCAUAGUAGGUUGGAAACAAAUGAUGUAGAGAAGGAAGAUUUUGUAUUUGCAACUCCCAGUGGGCACAAUUUACCAGAGGAGUUGUUGCACAGAACUCCAUCUUAACAACAGACGUGCAAGAGAUAAGUAGCUGUUUAUAUCUGUUAUCCCAUUUCAAUAGAAUGUACAAAGGAGAAUUCAUUUCAGAGCUAUGGAAAGUUACAUUUUAGACUACAACUCCCAUCCUUCCUAUGGUAGAGGGUCUUUCAUUACACAGACAAUGCCAUUGUCCCAGAUUCUCAACCAUUUCUAAAUAUUGGCAUUGUAAUAUUCAUGGAGCUGUUUUAAUAUGCACUUGCUGAGAAUCUGGUUUUUGAAUUACUUGACGAAUAAGGCCACUACCUACGUAUUCAUUUGAAAUGGCAGUAAUUUUGCCUUUCAGGGAAAUAAAUAUUUUUGUUCAAAGUCACACCACUUCAUGGAAUCAUCAUUGCUCAAAAAAAGUUGAGACAUGUAUUGCAUGAAAUUACCUUUGAAAAAUAGAAUAGAGCUACAUAUGCCCAAUGAAACAGUGACUGUUCAUUUAUAUUAAGGUAUCAAGCAUUUUUGGAUGAGGACAAAAGCCUCUUAAAUCAUGUUUUCCAAGAAAUAAAAGGGUGAAACUAAACAGAGAAGUUUUGCAUUGUUGAAGCCAACUGUUUUCAAUGACUUUUCCAGUAUUUCUUUACCAUGUCUUUUGACAAAUUCUAUUACUUGGUUUAUUUAGUUGGUGAUCAGUGCUGCAAUUCUGUAUACACUCAUCCGAAAGCAAGUCUUAUUGAGGCUUACUUUGUAGAGAUGUAUGGGAUUGCACUGUCAAGGUUGCAAUCCUAUGCGCACUUAAUGGCCCUUUCACACUACACAAUUAUAGCACUAUGAAUCUGCUACAAAUAUAUGAACACUAGAGCUCUCUGGCAGAGAAUUCUGAGCACCUCUCCCUAAACUGCAAAUCUCAGAAUUUCGUAGGAUGAAAUCGUGGCAGGCAGUUAAAGUGGAAUCACAGUGCUAAAAUCAUUUUAAGCGUGCAAAGGCUUGGGAGUGAAUGCCACCAAACAAAAUAGGAUUUGUUCCAUGUAAUCAUGACUAGACCAGGCUGCAUGUAUUAAGUUAUUUUCAGCAUUUUCCUGCAUAGAUUCAUUGCUCUAGUAGCUUUUGUAAUUUUAUCUUAAUGUUUAAAUUAAAGAAUACAUUUGAUAGUCA